CUACACUUCACGUCACCCAGACGAUCCAUCCAUCCCGUCUGCCAGCCUCUUCACAUCAGACUCCUUUACCCGCACUCCUCUGACGGUGCUCUCUACCAUUGUCGGACGUACUCAGGGGUCGCGACCUGGUCUCAGUCUGCUCCAAGUCCAUCCCCACCAUCAGGGGCCCUGGUGAAUAAGCAGAUUGGGACUUAGACCCCGCGCCCUGAGGAACCCUGUGCGGUGGACCGAUAGAGAAGCCGCCAGGCGG